GCUUUGCUGUACACUCUGCUUGGUAUCGAUGACUGUUCCAACAGUCUGCGGGGCCGCAAAGUUGAAGAAUGUGCUGUACUUUGUGAUAGACGAUCUGCGACCUCAAUUGGGAGCGUACGAUCAACAUGAGACAUACACUCCGAAUAUAGACAAGCUGGCAAAGCAGGCUCUUGUAUUCGAAAGAGCUUAUUGUCAGCAGUCAGUGUGUGCACCUUCACGUAACUCUUUCAUGACUGGUAGGCGUCCGGAUACCAGCAAGGUGUGGAAUUUCAUCGACCACUUCCGGGAGAAAGGUGUGGGACUCAAUUGGUCGUCUAUGCCACAAUACUUUAAGGAACACGGGUAUUUCUCAUCGGGAGUCGGCAAAGUGUUUCACAAGAAUCUUCCACCUAAUUUUGAUCCUCCAUCGUGGUCUGAUUUGAGCCAAUUUCCUUGGUAUUAUGGAGACCCUGGUCAUUGCCCGAAAAACACCAGCUGGUGUGCUCUACCACGUGACCAUCCUUUUUGUGAUGUGAACUCCACAUCUAUUAUCAUUGAACGUCUUCGUUAUGUUGCACAGAACAAUAGUGGACCAUUCUUUCUUGCUGUUGGUUUUCAUAAGCCUCAUUUGCCGUGGGCAUUUCCAGAAGAGUUUAUCAAGCAGUAUCCAAACCAGUCGGCCAUUAGUGUAGCCAAGUUCCUGUAUAUUCCUACUGGAAUGCCAUACAUUGCAUUUUAUAAUGGAAUGCGACCUCAUAAAUAUUCUGAUCUGCACCGCUACACUCAUAACAUCACUACGCCUUACCCGGUCACUGUGCAGCAACAACUGAGAAGAGGGUAUUAUGCUGCCACUACCUAUAUGGACUCACUGGUUGGUAAAGUAUUGGAUGAGUUGGAUCGUCUUGGACUCUCUAACGAUACUAUAGUGGCUCUGCACGGAGAUCACGGCUAUCAACUGGGAGAACACAAUGAGUGGGCAAAACAUACCAACUUUGAACUGGCAACUCGUGUUCCUUUCAUGAUUCGAGUGCCAUGGCAACCAGACACAGCUGGUAAGAAGACAUCUGCUCUUGUAGAGCUGGUUGAUGUGUUUCCUACUCUGGUAGAACUGGCCGGCCUGCCACCUUGUCAAGAAAACUUAGAUGGAUUGUCGUUGGUCCCCUUGUUUCAUAACCAGACAAAGACUGUGAAAGCAGCUGCUCUGUCUCAGUACCCACGAUGUGGCGAUUAUAAGAAUGGUAAUGCAGAUGUGUGCCUUCACACUAAUCGCAGCCAAUUCAAUUACAUGGGAUACAGUAUGAGAACGGAUCGUUACCGAUAUACAGAAUGGGUCAAGUGGAAUGGAACAAAACUGGAAGGAGACUGGCAUGGUCUGGUGGCAAGAGAACUGUAUGAUCAUCAAGGAGAUGAUGGGAACGACUUCAAUGCUUUUGAGAAUGAAAACAUUGCAGAGUCACAACCAGAAAUUGUAAAAGAACUGAGUCUGAAACUGAGGAAUAUUUUUUCCAAGCACUGAUACACCAAAGAAAGGACACAUUAUUGAUAAGAUGUAGCACAAUGAUGUUAUUUCCACAGUCUUAGAUAUAGUACACUAGCAGCCUUUACCUGAAUCUGCUUAUGAAUAGGUAUGCUAUCAAAGUGUGAACUACUGUGUGUGUGUGUGUGUGUGUGUGUGUGUGUGUGUGUGUGUGUGUGUGUGCAAUUGGAUUCAACUAAAACAAGUGUUGAUACCAGAUAACAAUACACUGUAUGUCAAACACCAAUAACAAACCUACAUAAAACUAAUUUAAUUAAUAAUUAUCUAUUUCCAUUCAUAGGGUAAACACAAUUUUCAUGAUACAAUUUUAGUCACCCAAUCAGUGUAUCUUUAC